AAAUGACGGCAAUUCUUGAAGCCCGGAUCGAGAAAGAAAAGACGCACUUAGCUUAAAAAUCACUCCAGAUUGGGGAAAAAAUCGGGUAGAAACUAGAACGAGUAAAAAUUUACAAAUAAAAAACGUCGAGCGCUUCCUCUGUAACCACAGCUCUCGCACUUGAAUCCCCACAUCUAUGGCGCUUUCUUCCUUUCGCGACGCUUGCCCUACUGUAAAGAACAUUCUUUUGCUGGAUUCGGAAGGCAAGCGUGUUGCUGUCAAGUACUAUUCCGAUGACUGGCCGACGAAUAACUCCAAGUUAGCCUUUGAGAAAGCUCUCUUUACAAAAACCAUGAAGACUAAUGCUCGGACUGAAGCGGAGAUCACAAUGUUUGACAACUACAUCAUUGUGUAUAAGUUCAUCCAGGAUCUCCACUUCUUUGUGACCGGAGGGGAUGAUGAAAAUGAACUUAUAUUGGCGGCGGUGCUUCAAGGUUUCUUUGAUUCUGUUGCUCUUCUCCUGAGGAACAAUGUUGACAAGAGGGAGGCACUUGAGAACUUGGAUCUCAUCUUCUUAUGCCUUGAUGAGAUUGUUGAAAGAGGUAUGAUAUUGGAGACGGAUGCCAAUGUCAUUGCCGGGAAGGUGGCCGUCAAUAGCAUGGACCCUGCUGCACCAUUGUCUGAGCAGACCAUCUCUCAAGCAUUGGCCACAGCUCGGGAGCAUUUGACUAGAACCCUCUUCCAGUGAGGAAAAUCAGCAAGAGGCGGCGCUGUAGAAAAGAUCCUCAUUCCCAUUCCUUAGUGCUCAAUUGUUGAGAUUUUUGGAGAGGUUUUAUUUAGUUCAUUCGCAUGAUCUUUUUUUUGCCUUCCGAGCUUGCAAGAUUUUACCAGUUUGUGGCUUGUCAUUGCACUUAUACUUUAAACUGUGAUUUUACUGUUGUCGACCCUAAUAUCUUCAUAAUUUGUGGUUGACAGAAAUGCCCGAGUUGUCGAUCCCCUGUGAUGGCCAGCUCUUCCAUCAACAAACGGAUUCUUGUACUUUUUCCAUUCUGACUAGGAUAUUGGGCCUGUGCCCAAUAUAAAUAGCAGCCAAACGUAACUACGCCUAAUUGCAUGCUCAAUAGAUUUCGAUUAGGAGAACCCAAAAGAAUUAAG